CUCUACCAACCACUCGUGAAGCAUUCUCGGAGGUGUGACGAGAAGCAUCUCGACGACAAGUGAUGCUAUCUGCUCCACCAUCCUCUGUUUCUGACUCCUCUGUUCUGGUCAGCAAGGGUGCACCUUUGUCAUCAUCUUCAUCUAAUAAAGCUAAGGUUUAUUGUGACCAUUGUAAAAAGCCCGGCCACACACGUGACCGUUGUUGGGAUAUACAUGGUAAACCAGCAGACUGGAAACCUCGAAAGGGAAAGUCGCGAGGCUACCAAGCAUCGCAAGAUCCUGAUUCCUCUCCUUUGACCACUGAACAGUUACACCAGUUGGUUACUGCGCUUAAGGGUCUUCAAACACAACAACAGCCUCGUACGGCUUCUGCUUCCGCAGCUACUACAGGAUCUCUCAUCGGGGAAGAUGAUUGGCACAGCUAAGGAGCAUGAUGGUCUCUAUUAUCUUAACGUCUCUACCGUGAGGGCCUUGUGUAGUCGCACAAAUGGUUUUGUCUCCAACCCUGACAAUAAUAAUAUUCUGUUAUGGCAUAAAAGGAUGGGUCAUCCUAGUUUUUCUUAUUUGCAACGAUUGUUUCCUCAAUUUACUAUUAAUAAAAAUUCUAUUGCCCAU